UUGUCUCGAUGUUCAAUCUUGGAAAGCAGCUCACAUAGUCGUACUUCCAUACCUAUUUUACAGAAAUAUUUGCCAUUCCUGCAAUGUCAUUGACUUCACAAAUCAAGUUUGCAACAUAGCAAAAAACGGAUACGUUCGCGCGCGCGCGAAUUUCCAUCCAUCGAUAAACGCGUCGCAAGUUUAUAUUGAUCGUCGUGGGCGGAUUUAUAGGUCACGCUCAAAAUGAGUCUCAAAAACGGGACAAAAAUGUCCCAGCGCGAGAAAUUCGAGUUAAUUAACUCGGAAGUGCGUUCUUUUUACGAGUACUGUAAAGAAGCGGGUAUGACCGACGAAGAAAUGGAUUUGAUUUGCCGGCCGCUGACGAACGCAGUGCGAAAGGCGUCUAUCAAAAGAUGGACGAGGGUUUUCAUGUUUCUGGUGAUGGUGUUGGCGAUUGGGUAUACUGUGAGCCAGACGGAAACAUUUCAAUGGCACGCGUCGGCCGUGACGCGGAUCGUCAUGAUCAAGAUGCUGCCGUUCUGGGACUGGACGCCAUUGUACUACAACAAGUGUGUGGUGGAUCGCUCGCAGCCGCAAAAUCUGGACAACCUGGCGUCUACCGCUGACUGCAUCGCCUGCGAAGCUGUCAGAUCCAUCGCCCGCGUAUCCGACACAAACUACAACGAAGUUUUCAACCACCACCUGCUCCGCGGAGCCCCGGUCAUCGUCACAGACGCACACUACGACUGGUCCGUGUCCCGAACCGAGCUCAACCUUACCAACCUCAUUAGCGGAGACGAACGGCUCAGAGACUCUGUCCCUUGCCGGGUUUUGACCAACGUCAGAAUAGGCCGACAACCCAUGGACCUAGAGGAAAUAGUCUCCAGAAUUACCAACACUAACAUCCCUAGCUGGUUCGUUCAUUUCCAAAACUGCGACAUAAGAGCGGUCAAAUCUUUUCGCAUUCUCGCUCCGCGACCAUAUUUCCUGUCACCUCACAUUCCUCCUUCCCAUUUCAAUUGGCUUCUUCUCUCAAAGAACUACGAUACGCAUAGGUACAAGGACUUGGAGCUGGACGUUGGUUUAAUAAUAAUGUCGCAACUUAAAGGCAAGUCUUGGCUGCAAUUGAAGCCAAGAGCGCCUUGCGAAGAUGACUGUUUCACCCUGAACUUCGAGUUGAGUGAGGGAGAGACUCUAGUUCAAGGGAAUUCGCUGUGGGAGUUCGAAUAUUUGCCCGGGAAAGGGGAGAAUGUAGCCAUGAUCACGGAGACAGACUGGGUCGAGUCGUAAAACUCAAAAACUACGAAUUUAAUCUUUCGGUGUUGUAGUAGCGGUUUGUUUAAAUCGUAUUUUGAAUUGCUGGACUGAAAAGUAUAUGCUUUUGAUUGUGUCCGUAACGGUAUAGUCUAACUCUAAACGGAACUUGAACUCUGUUAUAUUCCAGAUCAAUCGGUACGACAGUUCAAUCGGUAUAGGUAUUAUAAAUCUACAACUCAAUCUGUUUUUGUAAAAGGAAUAAUAUUUGAAGUAAGGUAAGAUUGGGUUUAUAGGUUGACCUGUUGAACUAUCAGUGUUUGGGGUAAACAGCAUAAAUAAAGACUACAAUUAAUCAAUAUGACAUGGUCUCUCAAAGAAAUUUCUAAAAGUAAAACGUGUAAAUGCACUUAAAAACUUUAAUAUAUAAAUAAAAAGUUUACGACUACAUAACAUACGUAUUAUAAUAACCGUUUUGGAAUAAUAUACAUAGACAUAAGUCAUUAUAGCGUAUAUAGACUGAAUUGUUGAUACAUAUCGACACACGCCAUCAGAAUCAUCACACACCAUUUUGUAACUUAUUCAUAUAGGCGUAAGGUUUACUGUAAAAUAACGAGCUUUAAUACCACGUUUACUUAAAUCGAAUGGCAAGUAUGUCAGUGUGAGUGUCAGGUAUCUUAUCCACGUUGAUAAAUGAUAAAAUUUUAAGCAUAAUAACCCACUAGCUGAAAAAAUCUAUAUCUCUUGUAUAGUUACUUAAGAGACCCACAUAUUACAAAUUCGAUAUUAUCGGCCUGUCAGUUCUUCAGACUGACAGACGAUAUUGUCUAAGUAUCAUAAUGCUACGUAGCAAUUACUACUUGAAACAACUUUUCAAGCAAACGAUAAUUAAAUUUUUGACAGCCCUAAAUAGUCGAAAGGGCUAGUGCCAUGUAUUAGAAAAGGAUGGGAAAGGAAACAUGAUUCGACCCUGAACUGCUAUCAAACUUCAGGUUCGCAGGAAGUGUCCUUUCUGUGCGGAUUUGCGGAAGUAUGUACUAUUAAAUAGUCCGGCGUUCUGAUAAUCUGUGAGCCUCCUAAGUAGUCCUCUUGACUUUCGAGGAAAAAUAAACGUGGUACUAUUGAUAUAAUCACAUGUAAUAAAUAUAAAGCAAUAAAAUUUUCGAACCUGAGCCUCAUCGCAUUUCCUGCGAUAUACUUUACCUACCUACUAUACUAUAGCAUCUAUACCGAAAGGAUUAAAAUAAAUCUAGCGGCACACAUUUUGAGCACUUAAUUGUCCUGCGUUUUUAUGUAGGAUGAAAAAAUUUAAACUUCCAGAAUUGUCUAUAUUUUAAAUUUGUAAUAAUCGUGCUUAGUAUCAGUUGUACGACGCCAAGUAGUUUGAUAUCAUCGUCUAUACACGUCUUAGGAAUCCCCAAGAAAAGAGCACUAGGUACUUUUUAAAAGCCAAAAACGCGCGCAAUCCUUGUGUUACAGUCGGUGUAGCCGAAUGGCAAUCGUCGACGCCACACGCCGACAGAAAUGCAGUCUAGCUCUGUCGCGUCAAUACGCUAGAGCGAUAGAGAUAGAUAGCUACGAAACAUAUAUUAUUGUGAGCGUUUGUGAAUUCGGCAGCGUACCCAAGCAUGCAUGGGCGACGACAAAUAAGGCAGUUCGCUUGCUCGUUUGUAUACUAUACAUAAAAAGUACAUAGCGAAUUUAUUAAUGAAUUCAUUUAUAAUUUCUCCAUGCAAUUUCGCAGCUCACUGUACAGAAAGAAUUGAAAUAAAACCUAAAAUAUAUUAUAAUCAAAUGUAACAUGUACAGACAAUUGCAGAGAAAACUAGAAGUGACCCCUUCUGCAUAGACUGCAUGCAAGGGUGCUAAGUGAAUAUUGCUGACUGUACCUACUUAUAAGUCUCAAAAAGCAUGGGACUCAAAAUAUCCAUACAUUACUCAUAUUUACUCAAAGGUUAACUGGAAGAAAUCCCUCUAAGGGAUAAGUUCCCCUUUGUACUUCACAUCUCAAUGUAUGUUAUUUUUAAUGUGUUUUUGUACAAUAAAGAGCUGCUACUACUACUACUACUACAUUAUCUCAAAAGUUUGCUGCCUAUAUCGUUAAAAAAAAAAUCUGCUGCAAAAGUAAAAAAUGCUCAAAAUGUGUGCCGUUUAAGUAAGUUGUUCGUAUAAUAAGCAUUCACACACGAAUUGUAACUGCACGAAGUUAGAAUACAUUUGAUUGUGGCGGGGUACCUCAGUAUUACAUAUUAAUAUAUUAUAAUGUGAAGCAA